UAUCUAGCUAUUCAUAGGAAAUAUACGUCAAAUAUAUACCACGCCAUGAAUCAUAUGCGCAACGUCUAAUAGAUCACGUAGGCAAUGCAUUUUAAAUCAUAAAAUAAAAAGACCCUGUACCCAGUGUAAUCCUUUUAUCGCUAUCGCUUCAUUAUCUUGGUAGAGGCCAUCAGCUGAGAUGCAAGCGUAUUCGAAUUUCAAAAAUAUUCGAAACAAACAUAGACGCGUCGCCCGUCGUAGAGGGAAGUCGUUUCCUAAAAUUUCUUCUGUGCCAGUGUUAAAUAAAAAAAAUACAAGAUGAAGUUCUUAGCAAGUUUAGUGCUUUGCUUUUUGUGCUACAAUUUGUCACUAGCCAGUGAAACCUAUAGAGUCGGCAUCAUCGGCUCCACCGCCUACUCUGAAUCAAAACGAUUCUUGCCGGCAGUUCUAGAAGCCUCUAAACACAAUGUCGAUAUAGUGGUCCUACCGUCCAAAGACUUGUCUUCGUGUCUCGCCGCUCAAUGUGAAUCGGACAAUUAUGAUGAGUCGGUGAAAACUCUGUCCGAUUUAGCCAAGAAAGCGAAGCUAUAUAUCGUAGCUCAUUUAUUUGAAAAGACCCGUUGCCAGAACGGAUAUGAGCUGACCAGAAACAACCUCGUCUUCGACAGGGAGGGAUCUAUAGUGGCUGACUACAGGAAACCAGUGAACAACCUAGCCAACUGCACAUCAGUGAUGGAUGAUGUCGCCUUCACGACGGACUUUGGCGUCACCUUCGGAGUCCUUAUGGGGGAUGACCUGGUGUUGAAGCCCAGUGCAGGAAUGAGGAACUAUGUGAUGAGUGGCGCUUCGCACGCUGACGUACCGCCCUUAAACGCUCACCAGUUCUCCGCAUCGUGGUCGUACGUCAACAAUGCUAACUUGAUCACCGGCUAUUCGGCCUUCGCCGGGAGAACUGGAAGGAAUACUGGACCUUAUGUUGAUCUCAUGAAGACCUCGCCAAAUGGACCAACCACCGCACCGGUGUCCAGCCUCCCCUCCUCAUCAGUCCCGGGGGAAGAUCUAUCCCACUACGUCAUCAGGCCAGUAGACAUGGGACGCAGCUUGGAUGGGUUGACCGAGACUGUAUGCCAAGGAAAGUUCUGCUGUGACUUCUAUUUGAAGACUAAGCCAGAAACCCAGAAACCUAAAAUGCACUACGGUUUGGCAGUCUUCAAUGGCGUCCGUAGUUUCGACAAGAGUCACAAUAUCGGCUCCCAAAAUUGCGCUGUGUUCGCUUGCGCCGGCUUGUACAAGAGAUCUUGUUCUAUUGGCCACGAGAUUAACAGCACAGUCACCUUCGAAAAAAUCUUAAUCUCAAGCAAUUUCACCUCCACGGCCAACUAUCCCAUCAUUCUUUCAAGCGAUGCGUCCAAAAUCAUCGAUAAAUUCUCAUUCGACAUCAAUCCAACCGGUUUCACCAGCCUUGUAAUAGAAAAUGGCGAAAAUCUUCUCAACAUUGCCAUUUUCGGCCGAGAUUUCUCCAAAGACAGUGAGAAAUAUUACGUUGACCCCAAACAUAUGGUUAAUUUAAAUGUUUACGAUUACAUUUUCAAUGAGGACGUCCAAGAAUUCUUUGAUUAUCUGUGGAUUAGGCUGAGGAUACUUAUUGUCGUUGUGUCUAUUUAUGUUCUUGAAAUGAUGUAAGGUUUAAAUUUAUUUAUUUAUUCACAAAAAUCAACACACCCCUAAAGUCUUUUGGAUAUUAAGCGUUGAAGGAAAGAGACAAAACAUUUUUAGGUUAUUUUAUUUUGUAAAUUAAAUAGUUGCUAUCUUUAACGUUGUUACACAAUAAAUAGCAAAAAUCUUUCAUUAUUUUCAAUAAAAGAAACUAAUUAGAGAAAGAAUUUGGCUAUAUACUUUCCUAAAAACAUAGACGUUAGGGUUUAAUUUUAUUAAGAAUAGGUUUAAGUAAUAUUGUAUUGUCCGGACUGCGAUGUUUCACAGCGCGGUUUUUCGCAAUUCUGCCACACAUUGGAUCUUAUUAGAGUAUUCGCACGGGUGGUAAAAAAUCUACAGUGUGGAUAGCCUCUAAAGGUAUCAAUAUAAUUGAUUUUUUUGCUAUGGAACGGUCUAAUUGGAGUCUCUAUGUAACUAAUUUUAAAUCAUUUGCACUUUGUUUAUUAAAUAAUCGUUAAUAUAACUUAAGUGAUUUGACUUCCUGAGAAAUAAUCACAGAUGUCAAUCUAAUUUGACUUCUGCAUGGAAAUAAUCUAAUUUUGGUGUUAUUUAUCGAUGUGUUUUUUUUAAUUUGUGUAUUGAUGAUGCUCUCCGUAAGUUAAUAGCAUGACUCAAUGUUACAAUAAGGUAUUGUGGUACCUACUUAAUAUUUUUUAUUAAUUCACCGCCUAACCCAUCGUUCGCUCUAGCGUGAAUCCCUUUCAACAUAGUGACAUUCGACGUCAAUGAUAAAAUGUGUCGUUUGAAAGAAAGAAAAAAGAUUAAUUUGAUAAUACAACUAUUAUCUAUGAUAAAACUCAAUGUUCUAUUAUUUUGUUGGACAACAAAAUUUUAAACGCUUGUUGAAAAAGCGCUCGUGUGAACGUAAAAUCAAGAAGGUGUUUUGUUUUUGGUAUUUAUUUGAUGUAUGGAAUUUAAAUAUUUCCGAUCAUAAUUUUGCUUAUAUUAUAAUAACAACAUUAUGUGGCUUGUAAAUGUAUUUACCUAUUCAGUUUAAUCGCGAUAAACAUGUUAACAUGUUAUUUAAAUCCAGUGCAGACUUUUGAACUAAAUAUGUAUAAGAAUUGUGUUUAUCAAAUACAGUGUUACAUUGUAGCUAUUUUUAGAAUGUAGUUUGGUAAUUUCUACGAGCGUUUCACCGCGGCCGCGCUGUCAUUACAUUUUUUUUU